ACUGUUUACCAUUCCCAUCUACCACUGUCAGAAAACUCCUAUUCAUCGAAGAAAUCGGACCCAUUUCGAAACCCCAACCCAAACCCGAUUCCAUAUUCACCGGACUCACUCCAAGAUUCUCUCCUCCUCCGAUUUUGUUUGCUGAUGUUUUGCAAUGUGCUAACCUCAAUUUUGUUGCUGCUUCUCCAAGUACACGUGGAGAUCUGAAUCUUCUUCAAUUUCCAUUUUCAGCUCCGAAAUCUUACAGACAUGGAAAUGAGGUUGGAAGGGUUUUGCUGGUUUUAGCUUCUAUUUGAAGGGUUUUGCUGGUUUUUUGCUUCUAUUUUGAAGGGUUUUGUGAAGUGGUUUGGAUGGAAGCAAAGAAAGAGGAGGCACUUAAAGAAAUACAGAAUGCUGAGAAAAGAUUUGCUCAGAGAGACUUUGUUGGAGCUAAAAGUUAUGCUUUAAAAGCCCAAACUCUAUGUCCUGAAUUCGAAGGUAUAUCUCGAAUGGUGACUACUUUUGAAGUUCACAUUGCCUCUCAAGUCACAUGUAAUGGUGAACUAGAUUGUUAUUCCAUUCUGGGCUUAAAACCUUCAGCAAAUAUAGAAGCUGUGAAGAGACAGUACAAGAAGAUGGCUGGGUUGCUUCACCCUGAUAAGAACAAGUGUGUGGGAGCUGAUGGGGCAUUUAAACUUGUUUCUGAGGCAUGGACCAGGUUGUCUAGUAGUUAUGAUACGAAGAGAAAUGCACAAUUGGGUGCUGGGCAUGGACUUAGUCACAAAGAUUUGUCUUCAGGUCACGCUUCUGGUGGUAAUCGUCGCGACACUUUUUGGACAAUUUGUACUUCUUGCAAAGUUCAGUAUGAGUAUCUGCGCAAGUAUAUAAAUAAGAAGCUUUCUUGUAAGAAUUGUCGUGGAACUUUCAUAGCUGUCGAAACAGCCCCGGCAAAUGGUUCAUUCCCAUAUUCUCCUUGGUCGUAUGGGUCUGGCAGUGGGCAUGGAAGUCAUUCGUAUGAUGGACUUACAUAUGUUCCCACUAGUGGCACCUAUUUAAAUGGCAAUGGGGUCACCGGAUACCAUUCGGGACCCGGAUACGAGUAUGUUUCAAAUGUUCCAUAUCAGUGGAGUUCUGUCGGAUAUGUCAAUCAAAAUGGAUCAACUAAGGGAAGCGGCAAAGUUAAACCAGGAGCUGAUAGGAAGCAUUACAUGACAGAGACAGCGGUCAGUAUGAAUUCAGAUGUAUCAUUCUCCCGUAAUGAACUACAAGAGGUUAAGCUGAGUAGACCUGAGAAGAAAAGGAAAGUUGUGGGGGCCAGUUUAAAAAAUGUUCAUGAAGGAAAGGGUUCAAAAUGUGCUUCGGUAUCAGCAUUGGCUAAUGGGAAUGAAAGUGUUGGACAUAGACAGAGGCUUUCCAGCACGAGUGAAGUUCCAACAAAACAGUACUCCAUGGUACCUGCUUUUGAUGCAAGAAAAUUAUUGAUGGAGAAGGCCAGGACAGUAAUAAGGAAGAAACUGGAAGAGAUUAAGUUGUCAUCUGAAACUGCAGCUGCUGUUAAUGAGAGAAAAAAAUCUCAAGCUGAUGUUGGUCAGGUCAAAAGAGACACGUAUAUAAAAACAGUUCCAAAUGUUUCUAAUAAUCAGUUAGAACAUAGGAAAACUGGUCCAGUGACGAUUACUGUCCCAGAUUCUGACUUUCAUGACUUUGAUAAAGAUAGGUCAGAGCCAUGCUUCAAGCCAAAGCAAAUAUGGGCCUUGUAUGAUGAGGAGGAUGGGAUGCCCCGCUUGUAUUGUCUGAUCCGCGAGGUUGUCUCUGUCAAUCCAUUCAAGGUUAACAUUAGUUACUUGAGUUCAAAAACCGAUAGCGAAUUUGGAGAAGUGAACUGGCUUGUUUCAGGUUUCACCAAAUCUUGUGGAAAUUUCAGGGCCAUGACCGCUGAUGUUGUUGACCAAGUUAACAUUUUUUCUCAUGUUCUAAGCAAGGUGAAGGCUGGUCGAGGCGGUUGUGUUCGCAUAUACCCCAAAUGUGGAGAGAUUUGGGCUGUAUACAGAAACUGGUCAACAAAUUGGAACAGAUCUACACCAGAUGAAGUAAGGCAUCAGUAUGAUAUGGUGGAGGUGCUAGAUGAUUAUUCUGAGGAGCUUGGCAUUUGUGCUAGCCCUCUCAUUAAGUUGGAUGGUUUCAAAACCGUGUACAAGACGGAUACUGACAAAAAUGCCAUUAGAUGGAUACCAAGAAAAGAAAUGGUGCGCUUUUCGCAUCAAGUGCCGUCGUGGUUGUUGAAGGGGGAGGAAGCAAGCAAUUUGCCUGACAGGUGUUGGGAUCUCGAUCCAGCUGCAACUCCAGAUGAGCUCCUUCAUGCUGCUAUAGAAGCUAAAGCUUUGUAGGGAGGCAUGGUUGAAAACAAGUACUAUUUGGAAACAUAUCAGCAUUCUUCCAAAAAAAUGUUUUAGAUUUAACUGUACACUAUGUCACACACAUAGUUAGAGUCCAAUGAGAUUUUAACCACUGACGUUUUUAGAGAGUGAAAUCUUAUUUAGCAACAUUUGAAGUAGCUAUUGUUAGAGGUUGAGACGGAUUGGCAUUGUUUCUGCUACUUGUAAUUUUAUUUCUGGUCAGAAUUUACAGGUCCGAUUGUUACGGUUUUUAAAAAACUUUA